UCCUAUUCGGGCGGGUUGUUCACAAUUUUAAUGGAUGUCCGUCUGUUCGUCACGGAAAAACGCUUAACUGUAUAUCGCAGACCUGGUUUCAAAAAGCGGAACAAUCGCGGAAUAUAAAUUCGAUAUAGCGCGGGAAUCGGUGUGAUUUGAAUUUUUAAAAUAUCUUCGCAUGGGGUCGCGUCAAAGAAAUUUGAUUUGUGAUGAUACUGAAAUUCAUUUAGCGAUGUUAUACGUAAUUAGUUUUAGCGAUUAUUGCAAUUUGUCGACGGUGGUGGAUAAUAUGUGAACAUGUGGGAAUAUUUUUUUGUGUUGGUUUCAAGUGUUAUUCCAUACGCUUGGACACAGAAUAAGACAGAUUAUACCUUGUACACUCAUCAGUUCCCAAAUACCAGGCAACUUACACUCUCUUUCGGACCAUGUCGAGUAGUACUGAAUCCGCAAUGUCCCGAUCCGGAUAUCACAUUUUUCAUGUAUUCGACGAGAAAUCCAGAAAAUCCGGAACAAGUUUACAUGGCUACCCACGUACGUGGAACAAAUCUGCACAAAACCGUAUUCGAUCCAUCGAAGCCAACAAAAAUCAUUAUCCAUGGAUAUAAUUCAAACAUGUUUUUAAACGGACUAAUUGAAUUAAGGAGAGAAUACCUUAAAACUAAUGACUACAAUAUUUUCGCCAUUGACUGGAGCCCGCUCAAUAAAUCUCCUUGUUAUCCAGCCGCAGUUUGGAAUGCUCGUCACGUCGGUACUUGCACCGCUCAAUUAGUGGACAGAAUAAGAGAUAUGGGUGCCAAAGAUAUACACGUAAUCGGUUUUAGCUUAGGUGCUCACAUUGCCAAUUAUCUUUCCAUUGCUCUAAGGCCCUACGUGUUGCCAAGAAUAACAGGACUGGAUCCAGCCCUGCCUGGCUUUAUUACCACUGACACAGAAAAUAAACUGGACAUGAGCGAUGCUGAUUUUGUUGAUGUUUAUCAUACUAAUGCCUUCAUGCAGGGCAAAGCUGAAGAAUCGGGUCAUGUAGAUUUUUACUUCAAUGGAGGAUCUAUACAACCAGGUUGCUGGGGUACAGACAAUUUUUUUUCAUGCAAUCAUCACAGAGCUCCUUUAUAUUAUGCAGAAUCUAUAAACACAAACAUGGGCUUCUGGGGUUGGCAAUGUCCCAGCUUUUAUGUGUACUUGUUUGGCAGAUGUCCACCCAACGAGAUUCAAGUUCUAUUGGGUGAAAACAUCGACAAAUCACUUUUUGGAACAUAUAUGGUUGUUACUAGUUCAGCCCCCCCUUUUGCCAUUGGAAAGCUCAAUACAAGCUUUAGUUUUAACAGGAUUAUUUAUCCACAUUUACCUUCCUACGCCACUGGGAAAAAUCCUAUAGCCAUGUUACAACAUUACCAAAAUGAAGUUUUAGAACCAUCGGUAAUAGAAGAAGACGAAUUAUUUAAGGAGGCUUUAGAAGAAAAUAAAAAGAAGGAUACUGAUACAGUACCUAGUAAUGUAUUUUAUGGCAAAUAUAAACUACAACCUCAUUAUUUCGGGAAAGAAGAUGUAAAUAACGAAUUAAUCUAAAAUUUUAUUAUUAUUUAUUUACAAUAAAAGACUAAAUUAAUUGUUAUACCUUU